AUGGCUGCUCUGUGGUGUCUCCUGUUCUAUAAUAUGGCUGCUCUGUGGUGUCUCCUGUUCUAUAAUAUGGCUGCUCUGUGGUGUCUCCUGUUCUAUAAUAUGGCUGCUCUGUGGUGCCUCCUGUUCUAUAAUAUGGCUGUUCUGUGGUGUCUCCUGUUCUAUAAUAUGGCUGCUCUGUGGUGUCUCCUGUUCUAUAAUAUGGCUGCUCUGUGGUGUCUCCUGUUCUAUAAUAUGGCUGGUCUGUGGUGUCUCCUGUUCUAUAAUAUGGCUGCUCUGUGGUGUCUCCUGUUCUAUAAUAUGGCUGUUCUGUGGUGUCUCCUGUUCUAUAAUAUGGCUGCUCUGUGGUGUCUCCUGUUCUAUAAUACGGCUGGUCUGUGGUGUCUCCUGUUCUAUAAUAUGGCUGCUCUGUGGUGCCUCCUGUUCUAUAAUAUGGCUGCUCUGUGGUGUCUCCUGUUCUAUAAUAUGGCUGCUCUGUGGUGUCUCCUGUUCUAUAAUAUGGCUGCUCUGUGGUGCCUCCUGUUCUAUAAUAUGGCUGUUCUGUGGUGUCUCCUGUUCUAUAAUAUGGCUGGUCUGUGGUGUCUCCUGUUCUAUAAUAUGUCUGGUCUGUGGUGUCUCCUGUUCUAUAAUAUGGCUGUUCUGUGGUGUCUCCUGUUCUAUAAUAUGGCUGGUCUGUGGUGUCUCCUGUUCUAUAAUAUGGCUGCUCUGUGGUGUCUCCUGUUCUAUAAUAUGGCUGCUCUGUGGUGUCUCCUGUUCUAUAAUAUGGCUGCUUUGUGGUGUCUCCUGUUCUAUAAUAUGGCUGUUCUGUGGUGUCUCCUGUUCUAUAAUAUGGCUGGUCUGUGGUGUCUCCUGUUCUAUAAUAUGGCUGUUCUGUGGUGUCUCCUGUUCUAUAAUAUGGCUGGUCUGUGGUGUCUCCUGUUCUAUAAUAUGGCUGCUCUGUGGUGUCUCCUGUUCUAUAAUAUGGCUGCUCUGUGGUGUCUCCUGUUCUAUAAUAUGGCUGCUUUGUGGUGUCUCCUGUUCUAUAAUAUGGCUGUUCUGUGGUGUCUCCUGUUCUAUAAUAUGGCUGUUCUGUGGUGUUUCCUGUUCUAUAAUAUGGCUGGUCUGUGGUGUCUCCUGUUCUAUAAUAUGGCUGCUCUGUGGUGUCUCCUGUUCUAUAAUAUGGCUGCUUUGUGGUGUCUCCUGCCCUGCUGUUACAAUGGCCUAAUGUGGUCAAUAGACAGCGGUGGCAGAGUGCCAGGCCAGAGAGAUGGUUGGCAGGUACUCCCUCUCUCUUUGGUCUGCCCGCAUGUUCUCGUUAAGGGGUGGAAAGGGGGGUGGAUUUAUGAGGUGCCUACUGUACGUGAUAAAUCCACUCCCUCCCUCCUCUAUCUCUUUCCCUGGAUCACGGUCUCUCUCUCUCUCUCUCUCUCUCUCUCUCUCUCUCUCUCUCUCUCUCUCUCUCUCUCUCUCUCUCUCUCUGUCUCUCCACAGGUGCUUUUUAA